ACUGCGGCUAAUAAGCUCCAAAAUACUCCGCAGAGGGCGCGUAUUGGAAUCGAAAAGUGCGAGGUGCGAGGUGCGAGGGCUCCAGAAUAGUUAGGGAUCUGCUUUGAUUUGGUGCAAAUUUUAGUCGUAGGGUUUGCGGCGGGGUUAUUCAGAUUUGGAAGGAGGGCGAUGCAAACCGAGGCGCGGGUAGGGAUGGUGGUGGAAGGAGGAGGGCAGAGGAGUUUCGGCGCCGUCCAUAGCUGUGCGGCAUCCGCCGCCAAAACGGCCGCCGGUGAGCUUGCCGUGAACGGUGCUGCCGCGCGAAAGUAUUCCGCACAGCGCCACUCGCAGCUCGAGCAGCAGCCACAAGUUGGGGCUCUGUCGCAUCUUCUCGCCGGAGGUCUUGCCGGGGUCGUCAGCAAGACCUGCACGGCUCCUCUCGGUCGUCUUACCAUUCUUCUCCAAGUGCAGGGCAUGCACUCUAAUGCUGCAAUUUUAAAAAAGGCUAGUAUAUUGCACGAGGCCUCACGUAUAGUUCGUGAAGAAGGAUUUAGAGCCUUUUGGAAAGGGAAUUUGGUUACAAUUGUGCACAGGCUUCCUUAUUCCUCCAUCAGCUUCUAUGCAUAUGAUCGAUACAAAAUUUUGCUUCAUUUGCUUCCUGGGCUGGAAGAAGGCAAUCAAUAUGGAAGUACUGAUGUUUUUGUUCGGUUAUUGGGUGGUGGUUUGGCUGGAAUGACAGCCGCAUCUUUCACAUACCCAUUGGACUUGGUGAGAACUCGUCUUGCUGCACAGACAAAUCAUGCGUAUUAUCAAGGCAUCUGGCACGCACAUAAGGCUAUUUGUAGAGAUGAGGGUGUUCGGGGGCUGUAUAAAGGUCUUGGAGCUACUUUAAUGGGAGUAGGCCCAAAUAUAGCCAUCAGCUUUUCGGUUUAUGAGACUUUGAGAUACAACUGGCAGAUGCGAAGGCCAGAGGACUCUAACGUCUUGGUUAGUUUAGCUUGUGGAAGCAUUUCUGGAAUUGCUUCGUCAACAGUGACCUUUCCUUUAGAUCUUGUGAGACGGCGGAUGCAAUUGGAAGGCGCAGCCGGUAGAGCUCGCGUCUACAAAUCAGGCAUUUUCGGAACAUUUAAGCACAUCAUGCGCUCUGAAGGCUUUCGCGGCUUAUACAGGGGUAUAUUACCCGAGUACUCCAAAGUUGUCCCGGGUAUUGGGAUCGCUUUUAUGACUUAUGAAACUCUGAAAUCCCUCCUAUCAGGUUCUUUUGGAAACAGCUAAUGCUGUGAUUUUUUCUUUGCACACCAUUACAUGACCAUAUUCAUGGCUGAUAUCUUUUUUAGACAAAUGAGUUUUUACAGAUUGCCUGAGAAAAUCUAUGGUGGCAGAUUUUGUAGUUGCUGCCACAAUUUGACUUUUUGACU